ACAGAAGGGUACAGAAUGAGAAAAAAAUUUCCAAAAAUCAUAGUAAGGUACAACAUGAUCUACUCAUGAUUCCACAAGCUUUCAUAGCAAAAUCUCAGGCUUUGUCCCAGCCAAAAGCAAACAUCUUUCACCUGAUUUCAGCAUAACAGGGUGUUACUGGUUCAAUGAUGGUCUGGAAGGUUAGGAAGUGAGUUGUAUUCACUGUUUAUUGCUUUUUUCUUCUCUCUCAAGUCUCAUAGUUUAAAAGUAGAAAGGUAGCUGUAAACUACCUGUAGCCUGCAAAGUACAGCUGGCAGUGAGGCAUAAUCCCCCUGCACUUACCUGUGCUUCACAGGCUCACAACAAUCGUUGAAGCAGACUUUAUUUAAAGCAAAAUAAGUAGCAAGUAAGUAAGUAGCACAGGAGGGAGUAAUUUAACCACCCCAUUGGAUGAAAGUCAGGGUAGGGCAAGAGGAGUCAUGGGACUGUUUAAAUCUGUCAGAAAUGUGAUGACAUAAUGAGCAAUAACUACUCUGUGUUCCAUCACUGGGCCCCUCCUACACUCACUUAGCAAUAUUUCUACAUUUCUCAUGCAACCUGCCUGUGUGACAAAUCCACACACCCAUUGCACCCAAUUAGUGUCAAGCAUAAGAGCUGCUCUGCCUGUGUCUCACCUCUCUAAACCCCUCCUGGAAGCAGUUUUCCCAGCAUACAAAGAAUAAAUCACCAUUCUCCUUAAUCUCUCAGAGGACAGUUCCCAAAUAAUGGCCGGGUAAACACAUGUAAUACAUGAUAAAGCAUUAUAAUCUUCCCAGCAGUAGAUGCAGGGUAUUUGCUGCUUUAAGUGUUCAGUGUUACAUGUAAUUAAAAAUGUCAGGGGAGGUGAGACAAGGCACUUGAAUAGGCACUUGUAGAAAAGUAGUGGAAUACCUGACUUAAAAACCACAAACCUCAAUCCUUUCCCCCUCUAAAAAAUACAAAAACUCCACAGCAAACAGCCAAACAAACUGUUAAAAAUAAAUGCACACCUACUUUAGUAGGUAUAACUUACUUCACCCGUGUCCCAGUCACUCCAGAAGCAUCAGGAGAUGAAGAAGUGAGGAGAGCAGAGGGAGGGAGUACAAUCCUUCCUGGGCUACCAACUGCACCAGGGUCAAACCAUUAGCUGAAUAUGACAAAUUACUUUCAUGGCCACACCUUGUGGAAUCAACAGCCACUGUGCUAUUGGAGUGUCCCAAGGAGUCUCCUUUGACACUGGCUGUCACUCCUCACAUACAUUUUCAGGUGAACAAACAUCUGCCACCUUGUGCUGUGGUGCACUGCAGGAAUUUAUCCCCUCCUUUCCUACUCCUGUUUCCUUGUGGUGGAGGCUGGCUGGCUCAGAAAGCAUCACCUGCCAGUGAGGGAGCAGCUGUCCUGAACAGCAAACAGCCCUGGGUGGCUGCAGAUACUGUUGUGCUAUAAGAUGUGUUCACAGGGGCUGAGAAGGGCUGGAGGGGAGCACCAGUGUCCUUACAGUGGGUAUUGGAUGAGCAGAGCCACAGGGUCUGUGUUGUCAGCACCCUCUGUGGCUGCUGGGGACAGGUGGGGUGGAGGGCACGUUUCCCUUUGCUACCACUGGCCCAGCUGCACAGGCAGUCCACCUGUGCCAUCCUGGGAUGCCCUGAGCAGGAGGGGAGCGUGCCUGGCCUUCCACACCCUCAUCAUGGUGUCCCUGCUUAGCUUUAGCAGAGCCCAGGCCGCUCCCCACAGAGCAGAUUCUACAUCCCCAGUGCCCUCCUCAUGUCCCAGGGAGGCCAAACAAGCGGGGCUGGGGUCUCCUGAUGUCCCAGGGAGGCCAAACAAGCGGGGCUGGGUCUCCAGCCUGAGCAGGGGCUGUGUUGGAGCAGCCACAGGCAGGAGUGAGGGGUCCUGGCUGCUCAGGGCUGCUGAGGGCCAUCACUGCCUGAGGCUGGCUGGGAGCUGCACAGCUCCUCUCUCUGUGCCAGUGGGACUGGCCCAUGGGCACAUCCCCGGGGCUCAGGGACAUGGGGACACGCCUGCAGUGUGACCUCAGCAGCCACAGGACAACGGAGCCGCCGCCGCUCAGCCGUGACUCAGGGGAGGCCACGUGAGGCCCCGGCCCCGACGCUUCCCUGGGCUGGGAUCCCUGAGCCAGGAUCCUGAACCACCACACGGCCCUGCAGCUGCAUUUGACAACAGGAAGGCAAGCAGAAGGGUAGCAGAGUUAUUACCACAGCCCGAGGAGCCUGGAGCAGGAAGGUUUCAAACGGAACUGGUGUGGAUCAGCUUUUGUUGUCUCACAGGAAGAAACUCAGCUUUCACCACGGCCACGGCCCUCCAGGACGUCUUCCUGUGGAACCAACAGCUAGGACCAACCUGAGACUUGCAGGCACAGCAAUGGAGAAUUUGGAUGUCCCAGUCCCAGAUCUUACUGAAGAACAGCAAGACAUUUUUCAGAGAGCUUUUGCUGCUGAUGCCAAUUACUUGGAGAAUCAUGAGAAAAUGAACCAGUCCUUCUGGGAAUCACUUGUGAAAUGCUUGGCCACUACUGACCCACCUAUCCUCAAUACUGAAGAAAAGAACAAUCUCCUUAACAGCUGUGAUGACCUCCCUGGAGGCUGUGCUGCCUGCCUGAAAGCCAUAGAGAAGAAAGGAGCCAGGGCAAUGGUUCUUCUUUACCUUUUGCUGAAGACUUCCAACCCAUCUGGGUACACGCAGCUGCUCAGCUCCAAGGGAAAGGAUGAAAAAUUGAAACUCCUGAAGAGUUUGGAAAGGAAUUUUCUAUAUUCAGAAGAGGACAAAAAGUCUGAAAACUCAGCCCAGGAGUCCAUGGAUGAAGAUACACAAGACAGUGAUGAGGAAUAUUUAAGAAUAAGAAUACAGAAGAUUGAAGACCAGUUACUUGGAGGAAUACCAGAGGAGGUGGUUCCCUACAGAGAUUCAGAGAUUGCCAGAAGAGAAGAUUCAGAUGUAGAUGCUUAUGAGGAGAGCACUCACCCCCCUCAGUGCACAGUACGGUGGAUGGGCAUACGGAAGGAUGAUGAAUUCUUUCAUUUUGUCAUUCUUUGCUUUGCAAUUGGAGCUUUACUAGUUUGCUACUACUACCACAAAGAUUGGACUAUUUCUCUUGGGAUUGGUUUAAUCACCUUUGCUUCCCUGGAAACCACUGGGAUAUACUUUGGUCUAGUGUACCGAAUUCGGAGUGUCCUUGACAGUUUUGUUCCUCUGAUUGACAGAUUCAGGCCAAGAGGCAUGAGGAAAGCUGCCUAGGAGGAGUAUUUCAGGAGAGUUCCCCAAACCUGGCUGUCCAGAUUUCCAGUACUAAAGGAACUGCUUUAUGAGGUGAACCUAACAACCAAAUGGCCAAUGUGAAAUACUGAAAUGUGAAACCUCUGAAAAACAUCACUCCUUUCCCUCCAAAAUAAACCUGAAACUGAAGUACAGGGCCCCCUCUGGAUUCUGAAGUGGUUUGGGGCUCAGCAGAGCUUGGAAGACAAUGGAAAUACAGCUUUGUGUUCAAUUCCAUUGAAACACAAACAGCCACCUUCCCUGCCCCAGGCAGCCACAUGCUGGUGCAGCUCUCGUUUUACAAACCUCAUCAGUCUGCCUGUGCUGUAGCAGAACCAACAGACCAAUGGCCUGUGCUGGUUCUGGCUUAGGCUCUGGCUGUUUCUGUCGGCAUUCUGGCCUCCUGCUCCUCCCCCUGGUGCUGCCCAGAGCAGGCAGAGGCGGGCCCUGCUCUCCCAGCUGAGCCCCGCGGUGCCGGCACUGGGGCUGAUGAAUCCAUUGGGGCAGAACUCGGAGCAGGGGCGGGCAGUGGUUCCACCCGAGGAGAGCUGGGGAGAUGUUACAGGCACUGACAGAGUGCUGCAGUAAUGAGAUUGUUAUUAACAACAGCAGAUUUCAUCUUUUCUCAGGGGAAAACCAAAGUGUUUGAUUUGACUCAUCCUCCAACCUUUUUCUUUCUUUGAGUAAAAUAAACAUGAAACUUUAACAUUAUAGGAUGUGUUACACAUUGCAAGAAUGCAACCAUAGGAAGACUGCAACAAAGCUACAUUUUAAG